GGCUGUGGGAGGCGCCGGCCGAAGAGCCCCGCUCGCAGAGCUCCAGCCUCAGGAGCGAGGGGAGCGCGGCGCCCGCGCAGGCAGAGCGCCCCCGGGGGCGGCCACCGGGCGUCUGCACCCCGUCAUGGGGCGCCCCCCGAGCCCGUGCUCGCUGCCGCCCGUGCUCUUGCUGCUGCUGCUGCUGCCGCUGCCGGUGCCCCUCGGAGCCGGGGAUCCCCUCCCCACAGAGGGUCGGCUAAUGAUCAACUGUAUCCAGGCCAGGAGGAAGUGCCAGGCCGAUCCCACUUGCAAUGCUACCUACCACCACCUGAAUUCCUGCAUCUCUAGUAUAAACACCGCAUCACCCGCAGAGGAGCCUUUCGUCCCUGUAGACUGUGUGGAGGUAGCACAGCACCUCAGGAAUAGCUCUCUGAUGAGCUGCACAUGCCACCGGCGCAUGAAGAACCAAGCUGCCUGCCUGGACAUCUACUGGACCGUUCACCCUGCCCGCAGCAUUGGUGACUAUGAGUUGGAUGUCUCCCCCUAUGAAGACACAGUGACCAGAAAACCCUGGAAAAUGAAUCUCAGCAAACUGAACAUGCUCAAACCAGACUCGGACCUCUGCCUCAAGUUCGCCAUGCUGUGCACUCUUAAUGACAAGUGUGACCGGCUGCGGAAGGCCUAUGGGGAGGCAUGCUCGGGGUCCCGCUGCCAGCGCCACACCUGCCUCGGGCAGCUCCGCUCCUUCUUCGAGAAGGCGUCGGAGGCCCACGCACAAGGCUUGCUGCUGUGCCCGUGCGCGCCCACCGAUCAGGGCUGUGGGCAGCGCCGAAGAAACACCAUCGCCCCCAACUGCGCACUGCCGUCAGGGGCCCCCAACUGCCUGGAGCUGCGGCGCCUCUGCCUCUCCGACCCACUGUGCAGAUCACGCCUGGCAGAUUUUCAGACCCACUGCCAUCCCAUGGACAUCCUAGGGACCUGUGCAACAGAGCAGUCCAGAUGUCUGCGAGCAUACACAGGGCUGAUUGGGACUUCCAUGACUCCCAACUUUGUCAGCAAUGUCAACGCCACUGUUGCCUUAAGCUGCACCUGCCGAGGCAGUGGCAACCUGCAGGAGGAGUGUGAGCGGCUAGAAGAGUCCUUCUCUCACAACCCCUGCCUCAUGGAGGCCAUUGCAGCUAAGAUGCGUUUUCACAGCCAGCUCUUCUCCCAGGACUGGGCAGACUCUACCUUUUCUGUGAUGCAACGCCAGAAUGAAAACCUUGCUAUGAGGCCACAGCCCUGGGCGCCCUCUCUUCUUUCCUGCCCACUUACCUUGAUUCUGCUCCCAAGCCUCUGGUAGCUGGACUUCCCCAGAGGCCCUCUUCCUCUCUUCCCCAUCCAGCCUGACCUGCAUACUACAAGGGGUAAGGAAAGGAGAGCAUCAGGAAGGAGGCACAGUAAACAACGUGGCAACCCUGACACCAUCCCGUACAUCCAGUUGACUCCAGAUGAGGCCACAGUAGAAGCUGACUGGCUGAGUUCUCAUUCCCCCCACUUCUGACUCAGGCUGCCCCUCCUUAGGACUUGGUGGCCCCGGUUUAUUCAUAUCUUCUGGUGGUGACCAGCUCUACCGAGCUUUCUCCUGAUCCCUUCCUCCUGCCCACCAGGAUCACCCAUGCUCUAAGAAAUCAGUCAUUCUCUAUUGCAUUCUCCAGGUAGCUAGGGCUGGGUUUUCUGAGGCAGCCUAGAAAGACAUUCCCCAUUGUAAGGAAGUCUGGAGCAAGACUCCUGCCCGCCUUGUCUCCUUCUAUGAUUGGGGGAUGGGAACCUGCUGCCUGCCCUGCCCUGGGAUCCUGCAGAGCAUUUGAGCAUCAAGAGCUGGAGCAUUUGGGCCUUGCUUUCUUCUUGCUACUGUCCCAAAGUACCCCUCAGCCUCUUGGAUCAUGAUUAAACAUUUUGACUUAAAACUAUGCUGCUCUUUUCCCAUUUUCUCACGUUGUGAAUUUAUAUAGAACCAGAGCUGUUGCACACAAAAGAGCACAGGCCAGGUGAUCAAGAGAUACAGCAACCCUGCCACCAACUGCUCUGUGACCCUGGGCAAGUCUCUUAGCCUUUCUGUAUGUGUGACAUGGAGUUGGAAGCAAAAAUAGCUUAGGUGUGGCUGUAGACCUGGUUUCAGUCCCAGCUCCAGCCAUUUCUGGGAUACUGCCUGGGAUCUGCCACAGCAGCUGAGAGGGGAGUGUCCUUAGUCAACCACAGCAUUUAUUGAGCAUCUGCUUGUGUUAUUGGUCUGCUCCAGGCCAUAAUAGGGGCCAGAGGAAAAGGGAGACUGGUUCUUGAUCUCAUUUGCAAUCCUGUUAGGAUAAGGAAACAGCCCUCCAUGCAAAGUAGUUAGAAGAAUAUGUAGGCUGUGGACAUUUGUCCAUUCAUUCACUCACUCUUUCCAUAAGCAUCUGACGAGUGCUGGCUCUGCA